AUGGAAGCUUAUAACGAAAUCAAGGGGGGUGGAGAUGGCUUACUAGUGACGAAAUGGAGGCCAGAAGUGGUGGCGAUCGGUGGUUAUUGCUGCAACAGGAGGCUGACGGGGGUGGUGGUUCUGAUACUGCUACCUCCGUUUUUCCUCAUUUCUGUUGGAUUUCGAUGCAGGGGUAUGGAAAAGCUUCCAGGGAUCGAAGGAAAUAACAAACUAAGCUUAGGGAUGAAGCUUUUGGGUGGUGGUAGUGGGUGUUUGAGAGUGGCAGGGGAUGUUCUUCCAGCUUUUAUGGAGGAAGAGAGUGAUAGAGAGAAGAGGGAAGAAGUUGAUGAUUUGUGUCGAAUGAAGGCACUCAUGCAUUCCUUUUAUAACGCCCCUUUUAUCAGUUUAACCAUUUAUCCUGACAUUCUCCCCCAAAAUCCCACCUUCCAUCUCUCUUUCCCGUUCUUACUGCUUCAUCUUCUAGCCACCUCUCUUCAUCGACGCCCAUCUUCACUACCACCACUUUCGCCGCCGUUCGUGUUCGCCGCCGCCGCCCCCACCCAGGUAUUGUUAUGGAACUCCUUUUAUCACCGACCAUCUUCGUCUACUGAUUCUACGAUUUAUAUCGCUUCUCUGUUCCGAGCAUUCUGAAAACUCGGAAGCAACAUUGCAUAAAACUCAAAGGAGAUUUGUAGGCAGUUUUUAAUGUUCCUCAAAAAGACAUGCAACAUCUCCUCCUUAUGAAUCCAGAAAGAGCCACUUUUUUACAAUAACAAUCAUCAAUAAAUAAAUAAAUAAAAUAAAAAUAAUCUUCGAUUCAUGUAACGUGUACUAUGUAGUAGUGAUUGAGAUAUGCAAAUAUAACGAAUUUGUGUUCUAGAAUGAGAUGAUAAUGAUAUAUUCUUUAAACCGUGUUCGUAACAUUUUCAAUUUUUAAUUUUAG